AUGCAGGUUGAGGAAAUGGACACUUAUGAAGAUGAAUCCGGUACGGGUACUCAUAAGUUAAACAAGUCAGUUUUGAGUCCACGUAACGACGAUGAUCACUCUCAAGCCUCGAAUGAUCAAUUCCACCUCCGUACUCAUCAAAUCGAGGAUGAUGACUUUGAUGUGUCUAAUGAGGAUGUUCGGCGUCUUCUGGAUGAUGAUCCAGAUUUGUUAGAAGUCAAGAGCGUUGAGACUUCUACAAAGAAGAACAAAUCGAUCCAAAAGGCUUAUAGUACAACGUCGCUCUCUUCUACCUCUACGCGGAAAGCUCACAAACCUGGAGCAGAUACCCAAGUGGUCCGUCUAUUGGAAGGUCAGGAGUCGAAAAUCAACUCGUCCAUUUCCAAAAUCGAGGAGGUAGUCCUUGCUUCAGAACGCAAGGACAACCACAUUGGCGAAGCUCUCAAGGAUCUCGUGCAGGCCCUAAAACCCAAAAAGGAUCCUCGUUCGUUGUUAUCUGAAGAAGAACAGGUUGACCUGGCAAGACUUGACAUGAAAAAUCAACAUCUGAAAAUCGAGGCCGCUGAAAUUGAGGUCAAACGCGCAAAACAAAGUAUGAACUUGGAGUUUGCUGCAGCAAGAGGUAAAUUCAUUGCUCAGCUUAUGAAGGAUAAUGGCUGGACUGUGGAACAAGCGAAAGCAGUCGCGGAUGAGGUCUUUGUAGCGCCUGAUAAUUAG